CCGGAAGUGAAGCGAGUGACACAGUUGACUGUCAGUGUUGUUUCACGGUGUUUCCACCUUUUAUCAGUACAUUAUUGAUCUGUAAGUUUUGUCGCUGCAUGGUUUAAAAGAAGAAAAGUGCAUGUGAAGUUGUUUUGAGGAGAGAGUUGUUAACAUUUGGAGUUUCCAUCCCUCUGGAUGUUGAGUGUGCGGGCUCUGUUUGGGAUCGGCUUCCUGGUGACCUCGAGGUCGGCGUCGGCUCUCGCUCAGACGGGGGCAUGCCAGCUGUCUGCUGCCGCUAACAACCACAAGAGGGACUGCUUCAGCAGCAGAGCGGCAUCCACCAUGGCUCAGACCAUCAAAUACCUUGGGCAGGAGGAGGCCCAGCACAUUGACGAGGAGCUCUUCAGUGAAUACGGCUUCAGUGUGGAUCAGCUGAUGGAGCUGGCUGGACUCAGCUGUGCCACCGCCGUCACAAAGGCGUAUCCAGUUACAUCUCUGGUCAAGGCCAAACCCUCCCUGCUGGUGAUUUGUGGACCGGGAAACAACGGAGGCGAUGGCCUGGUCUGUGCCCGACAUCUCAAACUCUUUGGCUACGAGCCGACCAUCCUGUACCCGAAGAGGCCAAACAAGCCUCUGUUCCAGGGGCUGACCACGCAGUGCCAGAAAAUGGAGAUCCCCUUCCUGACUGAGAUGCCUGAGGCUAAAAUCAUUGAUGAGGCUUACAACCUGGUGAUAGACGCCAUCUUCGGCUUCAGCUUUAAGGGUGCCGUGCGAGAGCCUUUCGGUUCCAUCCUGGACGUUUUGAAGAAGACGACGGUCCCCAUAGCCAGCAUCGACAUCCCCUCAGGCUGGGACGUGGAGCAGGGCAGUGCAGACGGACUGCAGCCCGACAUGCUCAUCUCUCUGACGGCUCCCAAGAAGUCCGCCUCCUUGUUCAGAGGACGAUAUCACUUCCUGGGAGGACGCUUUGUGCCUCCUGGACUAGAGAGGAAGUACCAGCUCAACCUGCCUCAGUACCCCGGCACAGACUGCGUGUUACGACUGUAGACGAUGUAGAGGUUUCACUGAUUGUCUUUAAAGGAAGAGUUCAUGUUGUGGAAAACAAUUCCCCUUUUUUUUAUUCAGGAGACAGAAGAGAAGGUCAAUACCACUCUCAUCUAUGUGAAUUUCCUAAUUGGAGUCUAGCGGCGGUUAGCCUAGCUUAGCAUUGACACUGGAAACAGAUGGAAACACUUACUACAGAUUACAUGAAGCUCUUUGGUUUUAUCCAUACUCA